AUGGAUAGAUUUCUCACCAAGCCGAAAAAUGGUGAGCCAAGUUCUAGUACUACUCGGCCAUGCGUGAGUUCACAAAUAGCUCCGGAAGUUCAAUGGGUGACAAAUCCUUCUCUACAUUCAAAUGUGGAUAAAGUGCUUGAUUUGAAAUCUUUUGAACCGGAUCCCAAAGAAAGAAUGCCAAUCUCGGAUUAUGGUCCUAAUAUUCGAGAUGAAAAUGAACUUGAAAGUCGUGAAAAUGCAGGGGAUGCAUUUACAAAAGAUGGUUUUAGGGGAUGGAACAAGGGUGUAGAAAGAUUCAAAGCACAUGUUAGUGAAGUAAAUAGUAUCCAUCACAAAUGCUUCAAUAAGAUGCUAGAUUUGAAAAAUCAACGUCAAUCGAUUCAAUCUUCUUUUGAUAAGCAGAGUGAAAAAGUAAAAAGUGAUUACCGGAUGCGGUUAAAUGCCUCAAUUGAUGUGGCAAGGUUUCUUUUAAGAUCGGGAUUUCUAUUUCGUGGACAUGAUGAAAGUGAAGAAUCUGAAUAUAAAUAUGGCUUUCUUGAACUUUUGGAAUGGCAUGGAGAUCAGCAUCCGGAUAUGGGAAGAGUAAUAUUACGUCAUGCUCCACAAAAUGAUAUGAUAAUUUGUCCAACAAUUCAAAAAGAGAUUGUGGAGGCUUGUGCUAAAGAAACAACUAAAGUUAUCAUUGAAGAUUUGGAUGGUGAUUAUUUUGCAAUAUUGGUUGAUAAAUCAAAGGACGUCUCACAUGGGGAGCAAAUGGCCUUAAUUUUGCAAUAUGUCAACAAAAGUGGAAUGGUGAUAGAGCGAUUCUUGGGUAUUGUCCACGUGAGUGAUACUUCUUCCUCAUCAUUACAAAAAGCAAUUUAUUCUUUGCUUUUGGAUCAUUCUUUAAGUAAAUCCAAGAUACGUGGACAGGGUUAUGAUGGAGCUAAUAUGCAAGGAAAAAUAAAUGGUCUCAAGUCUUUAAUUUUGCAAAAUACUCCCUCUGCAUAUUGUAUUCACCGUUUUGCUCAUCAAUUGCAACUAGCACUUGUAGCUCUUUCUAAAAAGCAUUUGGAUGUGGAUAAUUUCUUUUAUGUUGUGACUAUUGUUUUGAAUACCAUUGGAUCUUCAUUUAAGUGCAUGGAGUCACUUCAACAACAUCAAGCAGAUAAGUUGGAAGAGUUGCUUAAAUUUGGAGAAGUCUUUACGGGGCAAGUUAUUGAUUUGGAAUUUCAAGAGCUUAAUGAUCGUUUUGAUGUUGUGACUACUGACUUACUACUUGGUAUGGCCAAUUUGAGUCCGGUUGAUUCAUUUGAUUAUUUUGAUAAGGAUAAGAUAAUGAAGUUGGAAGAGUAUUAUCCAAGUGAGUUUGGUAAUAACAAGCAUCGAGAACUCGGUUUCCAACUUGAUAGUUUCAUUGUCUAUGCUCAAAAGUGUGAUAGCAGAUUUCUUAACCUAAAGGGAAUUAAGAAUUUUGCUAGAGUGAUGAUAGAGACAAAAUUGGAUCUUACUUGGACACUUAUUUAUUUUCUUGUGAAGUUGACUUUGCUUAUACCUGUUGCUACCGCAAGCGUGGAAAGAGCAUUCUCAUCAAUGAAGUGCAUCAAAGAUGAUUUACGUAAUAGGAUGGAUAAUGAUUUUUAA